AUGUUGUCUCCAGAUGGACAUGUUGGCGGCGCCCAUCUCGAGGAUCGAUUUCUUUUGUCUUCAUUUGAACUCCGUCUGAUCUGGCAGAAAAGAAUCCCUUUCUCUCAAAAUAUUAAUUGGCCCUCCCGUGUUGCCAGACGCGAGCAACUCGUCAACGCGUUGGGCUUUUACACUUUUAAUAUCGGUCAAUACGAUUUGGAUGUUCAAAAACAAGGUGCAAAAGGAAAUGAAAGAUCCCAUCCUCACCAAUUUAAACAAGUAACGUGGAAGGGUAUUUUAGUCAGUGCGACAAGAAUAUUCAGUUUCUCCGUUGAAUACGGUUUCAGUGGGGCCACUCCUGUUAACAUCGGCCGGCGACGAGGCAACUUUGUGAUCGAAGCCAUAACAAGAAAAGAUUUUGCUGCUGCCGAAGAGAAAUUAGGAAUUAACGUAGUAGAGGCAAACGGAGUUCCUGAUGGAAAUCUCAACAAGGAGAUUAUUCAAACAAGAUUCGCAAACGAGAAUCUCUCCAAUUCCGUCCAUCUCUCUCCAAAUUCAAAUUCAGAUAUUAACCACGAUGAUCCAGCUGGAGAUACAAAACCCGCAAAAAAGGAUCAACAAGAAGAUGGAUUCUGCCAAAUAGAGAUGGAGGAGAAGAGACAAGAUUCAGCGACCGAGAUAUUGGAUUCAUACGAUACCGUUGAAAGAAUCCCAUCAACCGAAAGUCACGUGAAGAAAGAAAAUAAUAACGAUUUUAUAGCCGUUACACCCAAAAUCAACGGUUAUAUACAAAUAACCCAGCCUGAUUCUCAUCUCCCGAAACCAGAGGCACCUCCAGGUCUCUCACCUCCACCUCAAACUCAACAAUACCGAAACGGCGACGUUGUAACUCGAUCCAAAUCCUUGUCUGAUAGUUUUACGGCCGUCGACAUGCCGUCCAUCGGAAAAUUCAUCAAGGACCGAAGCAACAGCUUAUCGGCAUCGAUUUCAAAAAGAUUUUCCUUUGUCAAAUUUGACGACGGUGAUGGCGAUGACACGAAUCAUAAGGUGAACUCAUUCGACUCGGGCGUGACAGAGUACAACAUAUCGGGACUCAAAGUUAUAGUGAAGCUAAAAAACGACGAUGAGGAGGAACAAAUUAAAGGACAGAUAAGUUUCUUUUCAAGGUCAAAUUGCAGAGAUUGCACUGCAGUCCGUUCGUUUUUCAGAGAGAGAGGAUUAAAAUUUGUUGAAAUCAACAUCGACGUGUAUCCGCAGAGAGAGAAAGAGCUGAUUAGGAGAACCGGAAAUUCUCAGGUACCGCAGAUAUUUUUCAACGAGAAAUUGUUUGGUGGUUUGGUGGCGUUGAAUUCGUUGAGGAACAGUGGAGGUUUUGAGCAGAGGUUGAAGGAGAUGUUAGCGAAGAAAUGUUCAGGUGAUGCGCCUGCACCGCCGGUGUAUGGAUUUGAUGAGCAUGAGGAGGAAUCAACGGACGAGAUGGUUGGGAUUGCGAAGGUUUUGAGGCAGAGACUGCCAAUUCAGGACCGUCUGAUGAAGAUGAAGAUUGUUAAGAAUUGUUUUGCUGGGCAUGCGAUGGUCGAGGUGCUCAUUCACCACUUCGACUGCGGCAGGAAGAAGACCACUCCCACUUCCCAAACGUUGGAUCCGCUCCACCCAACCCUAUCCAUUAUCCAUCUCGUGAAAAAGCAAAUGCGAAGUUGCUUUGAUGAUGUUGGACGCGCUGUUGAGAUUGGUAAGCAGCUGGCCAGGAAGCACUUCAUUCAUCAUGUUUUUGGGGAAAAUGAUUUUGAAGAUGGAAACCAUUAUUAUCGUUUCCUUGAGCAUGAACCAUUUAUUCCCAAAUGCUACAAUUUUAGAGGGUCUACAAAUGACAGUGAGCCUAAGCCCGCAGUUGUGGUUGGACAAAGGCUCAACAAGAUAAUGUCUGCGAUACUAGAGUCAUAUGCCUCUGAUGACAGGUGCCAUGUUGAUUAUGCUGGCAUCAGCAAGAGCGAGGAAUUCCGAAGAUACGUCAAUUUGGCUCAAGAUCUUCACAGGGUGGAUCUCCUAAAGCUCUCACAAGGCGAGAAACUGGCCUUCUUCUUGAACUUGCACAAUGCUAUGGUCAUCCAUGCUGUGAUUAGAGUAGGAUGUCCAGAAGGGGCAAUUGAUAGGAGAUCCUUCUAUUCUGACUUUCAAUACGUUGUAGGAGGGUAUCCCUACUCUCUAAAUACAAUUAAGAAUGGAAUUCUCAGAAGCAACAGAAGAUCUCCCUACUCAUUGGUCAAGCCUUUUGGCACUGGAGACAAACGCUUAGAGGUCGCUCUUCCUAAAGUGAAUCCAUUAAUUCAUUUCGGACUCUGCAAUGGUACAAGAUCAAGCCCCACAGUGAGGUUUUUCACACCCCAAGGAAUUGAAGCUGAAUUAAGAAGUGCUACAAGAGAAUUUUUCCAAAGGAGUGGAAUGGAGGUGGACUUGGAAAAGAGGACAGUUUACCUUACACGGAUUAUCACAUGGUUCAGCGGUGAUUUCGGGCAGGAGAAAGAAAUUCUGAGGUGGAUUAUCAACUACUUGGAUGCAACUAAAGCAGGAAACCAAGAGGUUGACAAUUUUGUUUGCCUAUGGAAGUGUGGGUUUGCCAGUGACUGGAUAGGGGAUUCUAAUUUCCGGGCAACAGUGUCAAUUAAAUCCAGUUCUGAUGCCAUAUCAUUUCUUGCCUGUGAUGUUCGCGACCAUAAAUCAUCAGAUUCCUCUUUAAGUACACAAUCUAUUGGAUUGUUGAAAAACCGGUGCCUAGAAACUGAUGAUUAUGAAGUCUUGACUCUGGAAAUCGUCAUUUUGUUCGUAUUUGAAAAAUCCUUGAAUGGGCUGAAGUCCAAGCAUGCAAAUACGAGUUUCCAGUUUCCAGUAAUAAUAUUCUACAGAUGUUACUUUGAAGAAUUUAUGAUGCCCACGUAUGAUGCAAGGAAUGGAAUGGGGACUGGAAAAUGA